AUGGACGACGACGACAGCAUGAACCCACAAGACCCGGAGGAUGAGAUACAGGGAAUGGAGAUCCCGGCAGGCUUUCGUAUUCAAGAAGCUAAACCCGUUGCUCUUGACAGAUUGCUUUUGCGGCGUGAAGUGCUUUUCAGGGUGGGCAUGGGGUGGUUUGGAGGGCUGAUCACUGAACAAUCUCAGAAGGACACUCGCCACCUGUACGACUACUGUGUGCAGCUGGAGCUAGACCAGAGUACGCGCAAGAUGAAGUCGCCCUUAGACAAGUACAGCGGAGAUUCGGAUGCGGCUGUAGGCUCCUGGUUGUUUAUUUUUACUUUCUUAAUAUCACACAACAAAUCCAUCUCUAUCUAUAGAAAUAAGUCUAAGAUAGAUUAG